GGAAGCUUUCUUGCCUAUCAGGUCCAAGAAUUGGUCUGCGCGAGAUUGCUCUUGAAGCACCCGAGAAAGCUGUGACCUUUGAUGAGGUUAAUGUGAAGCACAUUGGCCCGUUGAUCACCUUCCUCUCACAGAAACUUUGAUUUCUUGUCAUUCUGACAAAAGUCACACAAUGUUUUCCACUCUCGUCUUCCUCAUUAAGUGCUUCCUUUAAAUUCUCACCUGACAAAGUUGUACGUCUUCUCUCUCCUUUGGCCUUUUGCAUCUCUCUCUCUCUCUCUCCCCGUGUGCGAGUGAAGAUGGAGCUUCUCUUGAUCCUCUACCUGGUCCCUAUUUUCUUCUCCUUGUACAUCUUAUGGAGAAAGAUUGAUGAGAGGAGCGACAGAGAGUGCUACAUACUAGACUACCAAUGCUACAAGCCAACCGACGACCGGAUGCUCGACACCGAGUUCUGCGGUGAGAUCAUCAAGAGGACCAAGAACCUUGGCCUCCUCGAGUACCAAUUCCUCUUGAAAGCCAUUGUGAGCUCGGGCAUUGGCGAACAGACCUAUGGCCCGAGGAUCAUGUUCUCAGGCCGCGAAGACAACCCGACGCUGGACGACGGCAUCUCCGAGAUGGAAGAGUUCUUCUGUGAUAGCAUCGGCAAGCUCUUGGAGAGGUCAGGCCUAUCUCCCUCCCAAAUUGAUGUGCUUGUGGUCAAUGUGUCGAUGCUCUCUGCAGUCCCUUCUUUGUCUGCUAGGAUUGUGAAUCACUACAAAAUGAGGGAGGACAUUAAAGUGUUUAAUCUAACUGGAAUGGGGUGUAGCGCCAGCCUAAUAUCGGUGGAUAUCGUUAGGAACGUUUUUAAGUCCCACAAGAAUAGGUAUGCCCUAGUUGUGACAUCGGAAUCCUUGAGCCCUAACUGGUACUCCGGCAACGACCGGUCAAUGAUCCUUGCCAAUUGCUUGUUCCGGUCCGGCGGGUGCGCAAUCCUGUUAUCAAACAACAGGGCCUUGGCUGAUCGGGCCAUGUUCAAGCUCAAGUGCUUGGUGAGGACCCACCAUGGGGCGAGGGACGAGUCGUACGACUGUUGCAUCCAGAGGGAGGACGCGCAAGGCUGCCUAGGGUUCCACCUCGGGAAGACCCUCCCAAAGGCAGCGACCCGGGCAUGCAUCGACAAUCUCAAGGAGAUCUCCCCCAAGAUACUGCCGAUCAGAGAGCUAGUCCGCUUCGCGACGGUCUCUAUGUACCGAAAAAUGAUGAACCGGAACUCGACCAAAGGAUCGGGGCCAAGGCCGGUGUUGAACUUCAAGACGGGGGUGGACCACUUUUGCAUACACACAGGUGGGAAGGCCGUGAUCGAUGGCAUCGGGGUAAACCUCGAACUGAGCGAGUAUGAUCUCGAGCCGGCAAGGAUGACGCUCCAUAGGUUCGGGAACACGUCGGCGAGUAGCUUGUGGUAUGUCCUUGGAUACAUGGAAGCAAAGAAGAGGCUCAAAAAGGGUGACAAGGUGUUCAUGAUAAGUUUUGGUGCUGGAUUUAAGUGCAACAGUUGCCUAUGGGAAGUGGUGAGAGAUUUAGGGGAUGGUAAUGUGUGGAGUGAUUGCAUCAAUAGUUACCCACCACAGUCCAUUGUCAAUCCUUUCUUGGAGAAGUAUGGUUGGAUCAAGGACGAAGACCCAAGCACCUUCAAGAUUCCUGAGUGAUAUCGAAGUCCUAUGGUCCUCCUGAAACUUUCUACAUGUUCUUUUCUCAAUGUCGCUUUGCUCUAAUUCUAUUCCUUGUACAAUGCUAUAUUCUUCUUGGACAUUUUUAUUUUUCCUUAUGGACUAUCAAAUUGGAAGGAGUUGUUUGUAAUA